UCCCUCGCGCGCCUCUUCCCCCGCCCACCCUCCUCCACGUGGCUGCCCCCCUGGCAGCGCAGGGGGCACGCGCAGGGCAGAGUGCUUCUAGGGGAGACGGGGCAUGUGCUGACGGCGGCUCUUGUGCACCAUACUGCUGUGCAUGGAUGUGAUGCUGAUCAUGCCACAUACCACAUGCGCCAGCGCCACCGGGACAAGCACCGCAUGCUCACGGCCUUUGCCCCCCCGGCACCCACAAGAGCAGCAGCUGCUGCUGCUGCCACUGGUGCGCGCAGACUGCAAGAGUCGCCUGCAACAGCAGCAGCAGCAGCUGCCAGCGGCAUCGCAGCGUAUGACCUGGGAGGCCGAACCAUCCGAUAUGGGCUGUACUAUCUGAACGUGUCGCUCUCAUCGCCUGCGCGCUUUUUCUCAGUGGUGUUUGACACGGGCAGUGACAUGCUGUGGGUGCCCUGUGACUGCAUCCAGUGUGCCACCAACUCUUCCCUCGUUCCUCUCAGCGCCCCCUACCGACCAGAGAACUCGCUCACAGCACAACCCGUCAGCUGCAGCAGCCCUCUGUGCCCCACCGGCCGUCCCAACAUCGGCUGCGGCGUUGCCCCCAACCUCACCCGCACAGUCCGCACUCCCACCACCAUCUCCCGCUCUGCUCAGCCCAACUCUCCCACCAGUGGGGUUCCAGAGCCUCUACCACUCUCAACCUCCUCCAAUGCCUCUGAUUCUCUGACAGGCUCCCUGCCCCUGGCGGCUGCUGAUUGGCCUGCUCCCAGUGAGACGUGUCAGUAUGUGAUUCGCUACGGGGAUGGCAGCAGCACAGAGGGGACCCUGGUUACUGAUGUGAUUAACCUGAGUGUGACGCAAGCGGGGGUGGGUGGAGUGGCAGCUGCCACGUCAGCGCCGUCGGCUGUGCCAGGUGGCGGUCAGCCAUUGGAGGGGUCGGCAGCAGGGAGUGGGAGCAGUGUUGUCAGCCCACGUGUGCUGUUUGGCUGCUCGUCCCUACAGACCGGCACGCUCAUCAGCAGCCCCUUCUCAGUGGAUGGCCUCAUGGGCUUUGGCUCCGGCCCUCGCUCCGUCAUCCGCCAACUCUCCUCCUCGCCCUCCUCUCCUUCCUCUGCGUCCUCCUCCUCCCCCUCCUCCGUCACGGACUCGCCAACACAAGUGGCAGCCUCCUCUGCAGCAGCAGCAACAGCCGCGGCAGCAGAGGCAGCAGGCACAGGGGCAGGAGCAGGGCAGCAGGAAGCAGUAAUGCCGUUUGCCUUCUCCUUCUGCCUGGACGGGGGGGACACGGGGGGAGGCCACUUGGCAAUUGGGCGAUCGGAGCAACCGGCGGAGAUGCAGACGGCAGCGCUGUGGCAUGUGGAUGGACUCCCGUACCAUUACAUCAACAUCAGUGGCAUGAGCAUUGGAGGCCGCCAGGUGGCGGGCGCUGAUUCGCUGUCAACAGUGGACGCGGCCAGCCUGGAGGGCGGCGUCAUCAUUGACAGCGGCACCACCUUCACUGCACUGCCACCCGCCGUCUACACCUCGCUGAGGAAUGCGGUGUUUUCGGACCCGCUUCUCUCUGCCUUUCCUGAUCCCACCCUCGGGGAUUGCACCCUCUUUCCCAGCAAUGCCACCCUCUUCGACUCGGUCUUUCCGAACCUUCUUAUCAGCUUCGGCAACACGACCUGGGCCGUUCCACCCACCAACUACUUAUUCCUCGGGGGCUUCAUGGAGCGCACAGGCAUGGCUCUACUUUGCUUGGCUGCCCUUCCUAUUUCCUCUUCCCGUGUUUCCGCUAUCAUUGGAGAGUCGUGGCUGCAGAACUUCUACAUCCUCAUGGACGAGGAGCGAGGGAUGUUCGGCUGGCACCCCCUCAAUUGCUCCACGGGCCAGGAGCUUUUUCGAACUUCACUUCCACAAGAUGGUAAUCCUGCGCCUGCCACGGCCAAUACCACCACACCCAGCCGCGGCCAUGGGCCAGAGAGUGUGCGCCCAUCGAGUCCGAGUCAAGCCUCACAAGGCGAGCCAUCCUCAACACCCGAGGCAAAGGGCUCAAUGGCUGUCAACGGCAGAACCAAAGCUAGUCUAAAUCAGUUCGUGCUGUUUGUUCUGUUUGUAUUAGUGGUUUUGGUGUAG